GCGGAGCUGAUGCAAAAGGAAAAAUAUCACAAAUUGAGUGAGAGUACUGGGGUGAUAUGCAAUUUCUUAUACCACAUAUACGUCACAAAUUAAACAGAACAUCAAAUUUUCAUAACAAACAACUUCAAAUCUCUCCUGCGUCUUUGGGUUCUCCUUCAAACUUGGCUUGUCCUUCAAACUUGGCUUCUCCUUCAAACAGUGGAAAUUCGGUUCUUAAAUCAGCCAGAGAAACAGAUAAAAACACAAUCAAAUGUACUGCAAUUGAAUCAUUGCCUUUGCAGAAUGCAGACUUUAUAUUACCUGAAAAUCCAAGUUCUGCAUCGCUCCUCACGCAAACACCAAGUAGUGAAAUAAUAGUGGUUUCUACAAAUGAUUCUUCACAUCUUGAAACAUUGUCAUCAAGCAGCUGUGAACAAAUAAAAUCUAUGUCUACUAACGAAAGUGAAAGUAAGAAAUAUUCAUCUAGCAUGAAGUCUAAACGCAAAGUUCCUACAACAGAUAAAUUUUACACGAAAAGGAAGAAGGAACUUGAAUCUUGCUCAGCUCGUAUGUCAGAAGCAUCUGAGUGUAUGAAGGAAACACUUACCGCAGUAACACAAUCCUUGAAAGAGCCAAGUGGAAGUGAUGAUCUUCAAUAUUUUGCUUGUCUUCUGCCUAUAUUUAAGAACCUAAAUGAUGACCAAAAGACUGAAUGUCUACAGACAUUGCUGAAUGCUAUGAUAGAAUUUGGAAAAAAAAAACAAAGAUGCUAA